UCGGGCCGGUAUCAUUAGCCAAAGUAUACCAAUCGUACAAUUUUACAAAAUGAAUAAAUCUUCUUCAUUAUUAUUAAUAAUGCUAUUCAGACUAAUCUGCAGCGUGUGUCUAGCACUGCCGCCUAAUCACAGUAGCGUUCACAAGAUACAGUUAUAAUCAACAGUUCUGUCGUGAUACGCUAAGCGGCCGUCAGCUUUAUGUGGGAGAGGUGUUCACACGCUCCGGUCAGUGUAUGCGUGUCCAGUGUCUUGGCACAUUACAGCUAUGGGAGGACAGCUGUAAGGUGCCAGUGUCUUUAAAGGGUGACUGUACUCGCCUUGAACAGACAGCUGAUAAUACUAAUCAGGAUUAUCCUAAGUGCUGUCCGCUAUAUGAAUGUAAAACCAAUGAGACGAAUAUGCAUAGCAAGCUGGAGAUGACCAACAUAUAUGAUCACAAUAGCAAUUUGCGCAAAUCGAACGUUAACGAGGUAAUCAUUGUUAACAAUGAUCGGCACCAUUUGGCAUCAGGACAUAUAUCAACAGUGCCAGUGCGCAAGUAUCAGGUGUAGGCAACACUGUAUUUGAUUAAUCGGAAUUAUAACAUAGCUAGUUAUAAAUCAGUUCUAAAGUAGUAACAUAAAAAUUAAGUGAAUAAAGGCCGUUCAAUUCAAUUUCAAAA